GGACAGAAAAAGACAGAACGACACAAGCUGAGGUUGAAGAUAUAAAGAGCCGAGCUCUCCAGCGGCCCCGUCACUCCACACCGACACGACGCCGCGCUCCAGUCCCCGACGACCCCCACGAGAAGCGGAACAGACGAUGUACACGAGGUCCAACAGCGCGACCCUGACCGUCCACGAGAGGUUCGCCUCCUGCGCCACGACGCGCAGCACGCAGCCGGAGGUGUUCACCUUCGAGCAGGUCCCGACGCAGGCCACGGCCGUGCGCUCCUACGUGCCCAUCCGGCCCAAGAGGCGCUGCACGCGGGUCAUGUACCCCGCCAAGGUGCGCAUGCAUCUGCCGCCGCCGGAGAAGGGCAGCCAGGCCAAGCGCUGGCUCGUCGUCCUGUGCCUGGUGGUGCUGUGGCAGAUCUACACCGAGGAGCCGUGCGCCGCCGCCGCCGCCGACGCGUCGCCGAGCGCCGCCGAGUACCAGGGCUUCUCCUUCCAGUCCGCCGAGGAGCAGGUGAGCGCCGCCCCGACCGCCACCGGCACCGGCACCGGCCCCGGCGAGGACCAGACCUCCAGCACCUCCGGCUGCCGCAGGCCCGGCCAGGAGACGGACAGCAGCCGGCCGCUGGAGCAGGGCGCCGGCAACAGCUACGUGGUGGCGCUGCUGGUCUACCACCGGCUGGGCAGCGAGAAGUGAAGCAGGAGAGUUCCCCGGGAACUGGUUCCACCGCGGGUCCGCGUUCAGAACUGUGUUCAGAAGGGACCCGGAGGAGCAGCGGUGCGCCCCGCGCGGCGCAGCCGGCCAGGGAGCUCCGUGCGCCGGCUUCCCCCCGCCGGAGGCCUCGGUGUGGGGAGGAGGGACGCGAGGAAAGAACAGAAGGAAACGAAAGAAAAGAAGGAACCCGAUACGUGAACACUUGAAAGAAACAACGACAUCCUGAAACUUGAAGAAAAGAAAACUUGAACUUGAACAAACUGCACUGAGGGGCCCUGAGGACGAGCAGCGUGACGUCACAGGCCCCGAGCUGACGCACUGACACAGUUCCACUGUCAAAGUCUUAUUUAGUUAUUUAUUACGUUAUUUGCUAUUUAUUGAAUGAUAAUAAUUUUAUUAAUAAAACAAAAUGUUGAAAAGAAAA